GGUACAGGAUGAGUAAAAUUGCAAUGCCUAAGGAACAAUAUAGAGAAACCUAUGUCGGUCGAAAAAUUUCGCAUGUAACAUUCAAUGUAGACAGUCCAUCGCUCAUCCAGCAAUCUGCUCACAUUGAGGUCAUCACCAAGAACUUAUUUCUCCAAGAUGGCCAACGUGUGCCGGCACCUCAUGGAGUUCUUGACAGGCGAAUGGGCACUAAUCAGAAAGAUGCCAACUGUGAAACUUGCGGAUUGGGUUUGGCUGAAUGUGUCGGGCACUUUGGGUACAUACAACUCACAUUGCCCGUGUUCCAUGUUGGAUACUUCCGAGCUAUCAUAACGAUUCUACAGACCAUAUGCAAGGAAUGUGCGAAAGUGAUGUUACCUGAAUCACUGAAGAAAUCAUACCGCAGGAAGUUCAUCAACCCCGAAAUGUCGUACCUGCUCAAGAAAAACCUCAAGGCAGUAGUCCACAAGAAAGCGAAGACCUUCAGCAAGUGUCCGUCGUGUGAGGCCAUUAACGGCAUGGUUAAAAAAAGUUCAAUUGGCAUAUUAAAAAUAGUGCAUGAAAAGUACAGAGCUAAGAAACCAACAGAUCCAAUUGUAAAGAAGGUUUUAAUGGAUUUUCAUGAAGCGAAGGAGUCCAAUAAGGAGGUUGCGGCCAUGAUCAACAGCGGACUUGUUAAGGAAAUGAGUCCUUUAGAGGUACUGAAUUUAUUUCGACGUAUCCCAGACGAGGACAUUCCCCUCCUCGGGAUGAACGUGAAGCUCUCUCGUCCUGAGGACCUGAUCCUGACCCGACUGCCGGUGCCGCCGCUCUGCAUCCGACCUAGCGUCGUCUCCGACAUCAAGGCUGGAACCAACGAAGACGACCUGACAAUGAAGCAGUCUGAGAUACUGCUGAUCAACGACGUGAUAGCGCGGCAUUUGGCCAGCGCCGGCAAGUGCGAGCUCAUACAGGAGGACUGGGACUACUUGCAGCUGCACGCGGCCCUCUACAUCAACAGCGAGAUGUCCGGGAUACCGCUCGCGAUGCAGCCCAAAAAACCGGGCCGGGGCUUAGUGCAGCGGCUCAAGGGCAAGCAGGGCCGGUUCAGGGGCAACUUGUCCGGGAAACGAGUGGAUUUCUCGAGCAGAACUGUCAUCUCGCCGGACCCGAACCUGCAGAUACAAGAGGUGGGGGUCCCGGUGCACGUGGCCAAGAUCCUGACGUACCCCGAGCGCGUUUUCCCCGCGAACCUGCAGUGGCUGCGGCGGCUCGUAUGCAACGGUCCCGAUGUCCAUCCCGGAGCCAACUACGUCCAGCAGCGAGGCCUGAAGACCAAAAAGUACCUCAAGUACGGAAACAGGGAGAAGAUCGCGCAAGAACUUAAGUGCGGCGACGUGGUGGAGCGGCACCUGGUGGACGGUGAUGUGGUGCUGUUCAACAGGCAGCCGUCCCUGCACAAGCUGUCCAUCAUGUGCCACCGAGCCAAGGUGCAGCCGCAGAGGACUUUCAGGUUUAACGAAUGUGUGUGCACGCCUUACAACGCUGACUUCGACGGAGACGAGAUGAACAUGCACCUGCCGCAAACUGAGGAGGCGAGGGCCGAAGCUCUCAUACUUAUGGGGAACAAAUCGAACCUGGUGACUCCUCGGAACGGGGAGCUCCUGAUAGCGGCCACGCAAGACUUCAUCACCGGCGGGUACCUCAUCACCCAGAGGGACACGUUCUUCACGAAGAGCGAGGCUCAGCAGCUGGCGGCUUGUCUCCUGGCCGGCCCCGACUCCACCAUGAGGAUAGACAUGCCGCCCCCCGCCAUCAUCAAACCGCGGAAGCUCUGGACCGGGAAGCAGAUCUUCAGUUUGAUCAUGAGGCCCAACCGACGCUGCGAAGUCAAGGCCAAUCUAGAAACUAAAGGGAAGAACUACACAGGGAACAAGGAUAUGUGCGUGCAAGACUCUUACGUGAUAAUUAGGAACUCUGAGCUGGUCUGCGGGUCCAUGGACAAGAGCACCCUUGGCUCUGGCACCAAGAGCAGCAUCUUCUACAUUCUACUGAGGGACUGGGGCGAGGAGUAUGCAGUCCGAGGAAUGUGGAGGUUGGCUAGAAUGGCGUCUUACUACAUGAUGAAUCGUGGCUUCAGUUUCGGUAUAAUAGACGUGACGCCGGGCAAGAAGCUCAUAGAGGCUAAAAACAAACUUCUGGAGUCCGGGUACUCUAAAUGCGACGGCUACAUCCUGGAGAUGGAGAAGGGCACGCUGCAGUGCCAGCCGGGAUGUACCAUGGAGGAAACCCUGGAGGCCGUCAUGCUAAGCGAGCUCAGCAGCAUAAGAGAGCUAGCAGCGAAGGCUUGCUUCCGGGAGCUGCAUCCUACCAACGCGCCCCUGAUCAUGGCGCAGAGUGGCUCCAAAGGUUCCAACAUCAACAUAUCGCAGAUGAUCGCGUGCGUGGGCCAGCAGGCGCUUAACGGCAAACGGGUACCGAACGGAUUCGAAGACCGGUCCCUGCCGCACUUCGAGAGACACUCAAAGAUCCCGGCUGCUCGCGGCUUCGUGGAGAACAGUUUCUACACCGGCCUGACGCCGACCGAGUUUUUCUUCCACACCAUGGGAGGGCGCGAGGGGCUCGUGGACACCGCUGUGAAGACCGCAGAGACCGGCUACCUGCAGAGGCGACUUGUCAAGUCGCUGGAGGACCUGGUGCUGCAGUACGACAUGACUGUCCGGAACGCGACCGGCGAGGUGGUGCAGUUCCGGUACGGCAGCGACGGCCUCGACCCCACCUACAUGGAGGGCAAGGACCGCCCCGUGGACCUGGCCAGGGUGCUGGCGGACGUCAGAGCCAAGUGCCAGGAUAAAAACGCAGAACCAUUAGACGGUGACGGAAUCGUGCUGGCCGCCGAAGAAACCCUAGCCCUGGACGACUUCAAAACCUCCACGGACGAGUUCAAGAACGAACUACUCUCGUUCCUGAAGGCGACGGCGGGCCGGGUCCGCGCGCUGCGGGCUCGGUACGCGGGCUGCGGGCGCGCGGCGCUGCAGCUGGAGCGCCUGACGCUGACGCAGCUGGUGCGCUUCCUGCGCGUGUGCCACCACAAGUACCAGCGCGGGGUCAUCGAGCCCGGCACGGCGGUGGGCGCCCUCGCCGCGCAGAGUAUCGGCGAGCCCGGCACCCAGAUGACCCUGAAGACGUUCCAUUUCGCCGGUGUCGCGUCCAUGAACAUAACCCAGGGGGUUCCCCGCGUCAAGGAGAUCAUCAACGCCUCCCGGAAUAUCUCCACUCCGAUCAUCACCGCCGAGCUCAUGCAGCCCUACGACCAAGAGUUCGCCAGGAGGGUCAAGGGGAGGCUGGAGAAGACCACCCUUGGCGAGAUAACGACGUACAUAGAGGAAGUGUACCUGCCCUACGAGUGUUUCCUGCUCAUCAAGCUGGACGCGGAGAGGAUAAGGCUGCUCUGUCUGGAGGUCGACGUCCAUUCCAUCGUGUAUUCGAUCUGCACGUCGAAGCUGAAGGUGAAGCCGGCGGAGGUGACGGCGGUGUCGGCCUGGGCCAUCAAGGUGACGGGCGAGCCGUCCAAGAGCUGCGGCUGGCUGAACAUGUCGCUGCAGCAGCUGGGCCGGCAGCUGCCCGCCGUGGUGGUGAAGGGCCUGCCGCAGGUGUCGCGCGCCGUCAUCGCCUGCGACGACUCCUCGGAGAAGCCGGACCUGCCCGGCACCAAGUACAAGCUGUGCGUGGAGGGGGACGGCCUGAGGGACGUCAUCGCCACCUUCGGAGUCAACGGCACGAAGACCACAUCCAAUAACAUUUUAGAGGUGUACCAUACGUUGGGGAUAGAAGCCGCGAAAUCUACCAUCAUCAGUGAGAUCCAGGCCGUGAUGGAAGGUCACGGAAUGAGCGUGGACAGGAGGCACGUGGAGCUGCUGGCGGGGCAGAUGACGGCGCGGGGUGAGGUGCUGGGCAUCACCAGAUACGGACUCGCCAGGAUGAAGGAAUCCGUUUUGAAUUUGGCCAGUUUCGAGAAGACAGCUGAUCAUCUGUUCGACGCGGCGUUCUACGGGCAGUGCGACCGGAUCGAGGGCGUGUCCGAGUCCAUCAUCGUGGGCACCCCCGCCGCGCUGGGCACCGGCGUGCUGCAGCUGCUGCACAAGCACCCCGACCCCGCGGACACCGCCACGCAGCAGGAGUUGCUGUUCGACAGACCGGAGUACCACCAGUCCAUAUGGGACUGACAAUAAAUAUAUUUUC